AUGCGCAUUCCUGAAUGCAUAUCAGUUCAGAUGGUACGUCGUCAGUGUAUUUUAAUCGGUCAACAGUUCUGUAGACCAUGUUAUGACCACAUUUGCGACCAGUCUGCAUGCAAAGUCGAUCGUAAAUUUGUGCGCAUGAUUGCCCAAUACAACAUAAAAGGGCCUAAAGUGAUGAUUGAAGUUCCAUUAAGGCGUAAGAAUAUGCAAAAGUGA